UUGUUCAUUUCCUGCGUGGUCAGCCGCUGCUUUGUAGGAGAACAGCACUGUUAUGUUAGCUUAGCUAGCUAAGACAACUGUAUCCAUUCACUAUGACAUCCAGGCUAGCACAGAGACAUGGAUGUAAAUAUCUGUGUGAGUUAUACAUUAUCAGGUUAACUUUGGCCUGGAAAAUAUUGGUUGUAUUUAGCUUUACUCGUAACGCGAUAAACGCUUGGUUAGCUUUCUGUUGCAGUGGACUCCAACGAUAGUUAGCUCGGCUAAACAUUAAUGUCAGCUAAUGUUAGCAAAGUGAAGAGAUGGCUCCAAUUCAGGCCAGGCCUUUAAAACACCGUGCUAGAAAUGGACUUAAACAGCCUGUUAGCUGCAGAGAACAACGGGAUACGUGUUGAAUUUUAUUAAGUUCAAAGAGCUACAUUUUGUAAUGUUCUUAGCUGACUUUAGGUUUGUUGUGUUAGCAGAGUCCAUCCCUUCCAGACCGCAGCUCUCAGCAGCACACUGAUUGGGAGUAAUGAGUAACACUAGAUUUGUUUUGUUUUGUUCAAAUGUGGAAAUUCCUGCUACGUGUUUCCCUCACUCAUUAUCUGAGUCUGUUAUCUGGCCAGAGGAAGGAUGCCACAGGUGACACAAAUUAACUAAAAUGACUCAACAGAAAACAGUUACUAGAGAUUCUUGCUCUUUUACCCUCCGGUGCCAGGUCCAAUGUGAGCCCUGUGUUGUCCUUCAGAGCAUCAGGAAGUUGUCUUAAUCAUUCUUAUCUUCUGACCCUGACAGCAAGGAUUUCUGACAUUCUUGAACAACAAAUGGGUGAAAUGGCUUGGAUGCUUAAUCCUAUCUAGUAGAGCUGCACAAUAUAUUGUGCCAGCAUCCACAUUGUGAUGUUUGCAUGCAGAGUAAUCUAGUCAAGUCACUGUUAUUAAAAUAACACAUUAAAAACAGCAGAGACUGAGACAAAGUGAUUUCCAAGUAGAGAGAUAAGACUUAAGUUUGAGCAUGGCAGAAAGAAAGGGAAAACCAGCCACUCCAAUCAAAACACUCACAAAGAAAGAAAAAGUAGAGCUCAAGAAAAAGGAAGAAGAAAAAGCAGCAGAGGUUUUUGAAGAAUUCUUGGCGUCAUUUGAGACCAGCGAGAAAAACAAAGUAAAAACUUUUGUCCGUGGGGGUAUUGUGAAUGCAACUAAAGAGGAGGAAGCAGAAGAGGUCGGGAAAAGUAAGGUGUACCGACCUUCUACGAAGUUUGUCCCUACGUCCCAGCAUGUCUCACCAGUUUCAUCUGCUGAAAGCAAAAAAUCUACGUUUAAAAAAAAGACAGAAGAAAAGAAGAAGAGUAAUCUCGAACUCUUCAAAGAAGAGCUUAAGCUAAUACAAGAAGAACGUGAGGAAAGGCACAAAAGAAAGAAAAGUGACCCUGGCGGAGCAGGAGGAGGUGAAAGAGGAUAUGGAGAUCUAGACAUACCGUUAUCAGGACGAUCAACUUUAUAUGAUGACCUAACAGUUCCCACAACCACUAACCUCUACAUUAGCUGCAUUAGCCAAAAGAUGAAUGAAGAGAUGCUCUGUAAAGAGUUUUGUAAAUACGGUCCUCUGGCCAGUGUGAAGAUUAUGUGGCCGCGGACAGAAGAGGAGCGCGGCAGGACCUCAAACAGAGCCUUUGUGGCUUUCAUGACACGGAAAGAUGCAGAAAGAGCUUUGGCUGCACUUGAUGGAAAAGUCAUUAUGGGGUUUGAGAUGAAACUGGGAUGGGGCAAACCAGCUCGUAUUCCACCUCAGCCUCUCUACACACCGGUGGGGUUGAGAGCCACACCGCCGCCCCCUUCUGGCCUGCCUUUCAAUGCUCAGCCAAGGGAUCGCUUCCGCAACGACUUCACCAAGCCUUUGGGCAUGUCCAAAACGGAGCUCGACAAGACUCUGUCCGAAGCCGUAGUCAAAGUGGUUAUCCCAACCGAAAGGAAUCUAUUAUUCCUUAUUCACAGGAUGAUAGAGUUUGUGGUGCGUGAAGGUCCCAUGUUUGAAGCCAUAAUCAUGAACAAAGAGAAAAACAAUCCAGACUACAGGUUUCUUUUUGACAACAAAAGCCAGAAUCAUGUGUACUAUCGCUGGAAACUCUUCUCCAUCCUCCAGGGAGAGUCCCCAACAGAGUGGAGGACGACAGAUUUUCGCAUGUUCCGAGGAGGUUCUUUAUGGAGACCCCCUGUUCUAAACAACUACUCUCAGAGAAGUGAAGAGAGAGCAGAGGCAGAGGACAGUGUUUCUCCAGAGGAGGAGGAGGUGAAGAAAGGGCAGCUCAGAGCCGAGCACAGGCAGAGGCUGGAGUUGCUGCUUAAAGAGCUCACUCCAAGCAGAGAGGACAUUGCCAAUGCCAUGCUGUUCUGUCUCGACCGAGCAGAUGCAGCAGAGGAAGUGGUGGGACACAUCACUGACUCGUUUUCUUUGCUUCAGACGCCCCUUCAGAAGAAGAUUGCCAGAUUGUAUCUUGUAUCAGACAUUUUACACAACUCGUGUGCCAAAGUCGUGGGUGCAUCAUAUUAUCGUAAAUAUUUUGAAACAAAGCUAACACAAAUAUUUGGGGACCUUAAUGCAGCACACAAAAACAUACAAGCCAGGCUGCAGGCUGAACAGUUUAAGCAAAAGGUCAUGAGUUGUUUUAGAGCAUGGGAAGACUGGGCCAUUUACCCGGGGCCUUAUCUAAUCCACCUUCAAAAUAUCUUUCUGGGCUUCGCCAAAGCAGGGGAAGAGUCAACAGAGACUGUAGAGGAAGCACCGUGUGAUCUUGAUGGUGCACCACUGGACGGCACACUUAUAGACGGGCUACCUUUGGACAGAACUCCUGUGGAUGACCUCGAUGGCUGCCCUAUGGGCUGGGACCCUCUGGAUGGAGUCCCUGUCGAUGACAUAGACGGUGUUCCCCUAGGAGCUUCCAUUGAUGAUAUUGAUGGGAUGCCCUUAGAUGAGAGCAAUGCUCUUCUCUCCAGAGUGCCUUUGUCUAAAUGGGAGAAGGCAGGUGAUACCAGGACGUGUUCUCAAGUCAAGACCGAAUCCAAGUGGGACACAGUGGUGGAACAAGACAGUGAAGAUGAAGUGAAUGUUAGCGGCAACUCACAGGAUGGAGACGAGGACUCAGAGAGUGACAGCAGUGCAGAUUCCUGCAAUUCGUCAAACUACGACAGUGCAGUUUUCCAGAGCUCGCUCCGAAGUUUUGAAAUGUCUGAGAGUAAAAGGAAGAGGUUGAGAGAGCUGGAGGUGAAGGUUAUGAAGAUCCAAGAUGAGCUAGAAUCUGGCAAAAGGCAGAGAAAGUCUGGAAUGAGCAUACAGCAACAAGUGGAACACUACAGAAACAAACUGCUACAGAAGGAGUUUCAAAAAGAUGACGAAAAGAAUGAGAGAUCAGUAUCUAAGUCCAAAGAAAGGUCAAAGGAGGACAGAAGGAACAAAGAACGGAGCAAAAGAAAUGAAGACGGGGACAGAAGACGGAGUAGCAAUUCUGGAGACCAGUCCCAGAAAUCAAGCAUCUCUCCUUCAAAGUCAAGGUCUCCCAAACGGUCCAAACGCUCCCGGUCACCGUCUCCAGACAAGAAGGCCGGCAAAUCCAGGUCACGGUCGCCACAUCGCUCCCACAAGAAGUCAAAGAAGAGCAAACACUGACUCUCAGCUCUGGACCCUGUCAUCCAUGACUAUGCUGCAUCGGCCUGCUGGUGUCCACGAGUUACAAAAUGCACUUCUGCAGUGCUCCUUAAACAGACUGUCUGUUCCCUCGGUCCCAAAUUACACUAUUCAUGUAAGGUUCAGAACUCUUUUGUAUGAUGAAGUUUGAACACUGUAAUUAUAUUUUUGUUUUAAUGUUUGUUUUUAAGUGGUAACCAGAAAUGUUGCUGCAAAGUUCUGACACUAAAUAAAUCACCUUUAGUGGUG